CUGAAUCGCAUACGAAAACUACUCCCCUAUCCCUUUUCCCUUUUCCCCUUUCCUCCUCCAUUUCUUUGUUAGCGCAACCCUAACCAAACCCUAUUUUUUUCAUUUUGGGAAAAUCGGAUUGAAUUGGAAUUUUGGGGAAGAACAGAGAACAAGAAAGAAAGGAGAAAGAAGAUAAUAGAAGAAGAAAGAAAGAAGACGACGCACUAUUGAACGAUGUCUGCUGCGGUGUGCAGAAGCAAGAGACCUUUCUGCGAAGACCUUCCUCCUUCACCACCUGUAUCCAAGAGGCUGCGUUGUUCCUCCUCCCCAAUUCGCAUUUUGCUUCCCACCCUCAUCGAUCAUCUUCGCCCUCUCUUUCCUCAUAUGGAAGACGAGAUCCUUGAGAAAGCACUCCAAGAAUGUGGCAAUGAUCUAGAUGCUGCCAUCAAGAGCCUGCACGGGCUUUGCCUUGGAUCUGCAGAUGAAAAUUCUGGAACUGCUCAACAACCACAGGCUAACGUCGAGACAGAUUUUUUAGAAAAACUUGCUGGUACGUUGGAAGAUAAUAAUAAUAGGGAUGAUGCUUCUGCUUCUGGGAACAAGCCGGCUUCCAACAAUCUUCCUGCAGAUGGAGCAGAAUGGAUUGAAUUGUUCGUUAGAGAAAUGACGUGUGCUACUAGUGUUGAUGAUGCCAGAGCCCGUGCUGCUAGACUGCUGGAGGUUCUAGAGAAAUCAAUCAGUGCACAUGCAAGUUCUGAGGCAGCAUCAGCUCUUCAAAGGGAAAAUUUGAUCCUCAAGGAGCAAAUUGAAGCCUUGACUAAGGAGAAAAAUUGUUUUAAAAGCGCUUUUAGGAUCCAGCUUGAACGUCUUUCUGAUUAUGAGGACAAAAACCAAGAGGUGCAGCAGUUGAAGCAGUUGGUGUCUCAAUACCAGGAGCAGAUCAGAACACUUGAGGUGAAUAACUAUGCUUUGCGAAUGCAUUUGAAUCAGGCUCAACAGUAUAAUCCAUUUCCUGGGCGUUUCCCUCCUGAUGCCUUCUAAUGCAAUCGAUCUGUAGAAUCUCAUAAUAGAUGCAUUAAAACAGCUACAUCUGUUUAAUUAAUUAUGUUUGAUGCUUUUUAUCUCAAAAAAAAGUGUGUUGUUAUUUGUUACAGUUUGUGUAGUUCCUGUAUGUCAAGGAAUGGUAGCUGUUCCUAGUUCACAGGAGUGAUUCUAUCUUGUCAACCUGGAAUAGAAUUUGACAUUAUAAGUAAGAUUAUUCUUCCCGGUAAUUCAAUUAUUUAUUCCCCAUGAGAUGGUUUUUUUGGCAGUAAGUGUACUGUAA